AUGGCACGUGUUUCUUCAGAAAUUCAAGGUGAUUCUUCUAAAGAUGAAGCAACUGGUUCAGCAUCCUCCAAUAGAUCUCCGUUAUGUGAUCAGAUGCCUGGAGCCUCGCACUUGAGGUCUGUACCCAUAGAAAGUGCUUUUCAGAUGUUUUCUUCACGAUCCUUGAUAAGAAGACCUUGUCACACAUCUUGUGUAUCUGGACCAGAUGAAGAUAAUGAUUUUCAAACUAUGACCUUUCCCAGAAAACUCUGGAAAAUAGUUGAAAGCGAUCAGUUUCAGUCUAUUUGCUGGAAUGGGAAUGAAACUUGUAUAGUGAUUAAUGAAGAACUUUUUAAGAAAGAAGUUCUGGAAAAAAAGGCCCCUUUCAGAGUAUUUGAAACUACAAAUAUGAAAAGUUUAGUUCGAUAGCUUAACAUUUACGGAUUUAGUAAAGUGCAACAGACUUUUCAAUCAUUUGCUUGUCUAGCUGAUAUUCUGGCAGGAGAUAAAGAAGUCUCUGUUUUAAGCAAGUUACACUUCUAUCAAAAUCCAAAUUUUAAAUGAGGCUGUCCUCAACUUUUACUCAGAAUGAAAAGAAGAGUUGAGAUCAAAAAUACUUCUCCAGCAGUUUCAAUAGCUCACAAUUUCAACAGAGAGAGCACUAGAACAGAGAUUAUUAUCUUGCUGCUUUCCCCAGAGAGAGGCUCAACAGCACCCUGCUCCAGUAUGCAGAUGACUCGUUCUGGCAAGUGCCACCCAAUAAGACUGCUAGAAAGUACUAGAGCCUUGCUGGCCCUGCUCACUUCUAUAGGAUAUAAGGUAUCUGGGCAAAAGGCUCAAAUCUGCAAACAGAGGGUCAAAUACAUUGGGUUUAUCAUCUCAGAAGGACAUCAGGCAUUUGGACAUGAGAAGAAAUUAUCUAUCUGUUCAAUACCUCAGCCAAACACUAAGGAAGGGAUCCUCGAAUUUCUGGAAGUAGCCGGAUUCUGCUGGAUCUGCAUACCAGGUUUCUCUGAAAUUGCCAGGCCUCUGUAUGAGGCCACAGCUGGGUCUAGUAAGGACCCCUGGGAAUGGGGCUCCAAACAAGAAAAGACCUUCAGAGAAAUAAAGAGACUCAUGACCAGUGCCCCAGCAUUGGGAUCACUGGACGUAACACGAGACUAA